AUGGGUCUCAGACCAAUCAGCAGGGGAACGGAGGGAACGGCUACCGUUCCCAGGAUUCAGUAUGGAACGCGAGGAACGAUCACCGUUCCUCACGUUCCCAGCAAAAGCAAGCUCGAGUCCCUGCGCCGCUUUCCAUUGCAUAAACAUGCUGACCUCCUGAAGGAUCAAAUACCUACGGUGGAGCAUUUGCAGGGGCUGGCGGCGCGCGAGUUGGAUGGUGGUCAGCAGGUGUUCGUGGCAGGAAAUGAGUUUUGGGUGAAGGUAGUCGAGGCGGAACCGGAGAAGUGGAAUAUGCGGCCGGGGCUGUCGGAUUGUUUCCGCGUGCCGGUUGGGUUGUUGGAGGAGUAUUGGUUUCAGCGGGAGCGGGCGCACCCGGCUCGGGAGAUGCUGUGGAAGGAGGAUCAGCGUUUUCCCAGCGAGUUGUUCUUUAGCACAUGA